CGUUUCUUGCUCAUAUUCUUCCGCUUCUCUUCUUCGAGCUGCUCGUGGGUCCUCGUCGUAUGCCUACUUGAACCGCGAGAGUAUUUGCAUCGCUGGCGAUUGUGCACACACUUGAGCUUCACCUUUUCUCUUCUUCUCCUUAUCUUUGCUGCCGUGCGUACGAAAGUCGUGCCUCUUCCUUCUUCUCUCGUGAGUCGGUUGCGUGGGGCAAGCCAAGUGCAUCAUAAGAAUUGGCCUUUGUCAUGGAGAUUCUCUCGUACCCUCUCUGCAGCUCUGCUACAGUGUUUAUCACAAACAGUUUGAGCUGUAGACAACCCCUUCAGAUGCGCUGCCAGCCUAAUAUUUUAAUUUCAAAACAUUUUUCGCCACUCUCUUUCUCAGUCUGCACCAAUCUCUCCCACCAUUCUGUAUUAUUUGCGUCACCAGAUAACCAGUUGAACCUUGAGGUGGACAGAGAGUGGGCACUACAAGAUUUUUAUUCCUUGAGGAGGGAUGUAGAAAUUUUGUCAAGACGUGUUGAAGAGACUAGAGAAUCUGUUGGUAUAUUGCGAUUAGAACAAGAACUUGCUGAUUUGGAGUUGAAAGCAGCUGAUACCUCCUUAUGGGAUGAUCGAGCCAAAGCUCAAGAGGUUCUUUUGACCUUGACUGAUGUGAAAGAUAAGAUAAGAGUUCUCGCUGAGUUUAAAACCCAGGUUGAGGAUGCAGAAACAAUAGUUAAGCUGAUUGAGGAGAUGAACUCCAUUGAUAGAGGACUUCUUGAGGAAGCUGCCAAUAUUAUCAAAGAACUAAAUAAAGCACUAGAUCAAUUUGAGUUGACUCAACUUCUUUCUGGUCCUUAUGACAAAGAAGGAGCAGUUAUCUCCAUUACUGCUGGUGCUGGUGGCACAGAUGCACAGGAUUGGGCUGACAUGCUUCUUAGAAUGUACAUAAGAUGGGGAGAAAAACAGAAAUACAAGACCAGAGUGGUUGAGAAAUCCUCCGGAGAAGAAGCGGGGAUUAAAUCUGCUACCCUUGAAGUUGAAGGUCGUUAUGCUUAUGGGUAUAUAUCUGGGGAAAAAGGGACACAUCGUAUUGUUCGACAAUCUCCUUUCAAUGCUAAAGGCCUUCGUCAGACAAGCUUUUCUGGUGUUGAAGUCAUGCCUCUUCUUCCUGAAGAAUCUAUGGAUGUUGAGAUUCCUGAGGAGGACCUGGAAAUCAGUUUCUCAAGAGCGGGUGGAAAAGGAGGUCAGAAUGUAAAUAAGGUUGAAACUGCAGUUCGGAUUACGCACAUCCCAACUGGUGUUACAGUUCGCUGCACAGAAGAGAGAUCCCAACUAGCUAACAAGAUCAAGGCAUUAAGCCGUUUAAAAGCCAAGCUGUUAGUGAUUGCUGAGGAGCAACGAGCGUCGGAAAUUAAGCAGAUUCGAGGAGACGCAGUGAAGGCUGAGUGGGGACAACAAAUACGAAACUAUGUAUUCCAUCCGUACAAACUGGUCAAAGAUGUUAGGACGGGAUAUGAAACCUCUGAUAUUUCUUCAGUUAUGGACGGCGAGUUGGAGCACUUCAUCAAGUCUUACCUCAAACACAAGUACAGUAUGUCAUCGUCCGCAACUGGCCAAUAGAAUUGAAGUAUGGCUUGAUUGCAUUGUCUCACACGGGAUCAGACAUGUACCACACACACACACACAUCUGUGUAUGUAUGUAUGUGUAUAUUAAAUGAAGUAAAUGGCUAGUUGUGCUAAUGGCAAUGCCACCCGCUUGGAUGAGGUGUUCAAGUCUAGCGUUGACAUGUUUAUGUGCACAUGUUUAAUUGUAUUAAACAAAAAAAGAACAGACUAAGACUUUAAAUAUUUGUAUUAUAUUUAUAAAAAUAUAAUCUUAUUUAAAUGUCACAAA